AAUCAAGGGAGUGAGAGACUCGACUCCGAGCCCAGCCUGUGAAGCUUUUCUCGGGAGUGGAUGGCGAUAUUCGCCUGUGCUGGGACCGGCCAGUGAGCCCACACCGAGCCCCGAGCCAGAGAACAGCCAGCACCAUGGAAGCAGACAGCAAGAGAGAGAAGAGCUCCGUCUUCGAAGAAAGCCUAAUGCGCAGAAUCUCUGGUAGCAGCAGUGUACACACUUUGAGCAAAGCAGCUUUCAUUGAGAAGGUCCGAGAGAGCAACGCUGCGUGUCAGAGUGGAGAUUUCACAACAGGCGUCCAGCUCUACACUGAAGCUAUUGCAGCUGACCCUCAGAACUGUAUCCUGUACAGCAACCGAUCAGCUGUUCUGGUGAAACUGAAUGAGUAUGAGAAGGCCCUGGAUGAUGCAGUCAAAGCACGACUCUUAAACCCCAAGUGGUCAAAGGCAUACUUCCGACAGGGUGUUGCUCUCCAGUAUCUCGGCCGCCAUGCAGAUGCGCUGGCUGCAUUUGCAUCUGGGCUGGCCCAAGAUCCGAAAAGCUUGCAGCUGCUGGUUGGGAUGGUGGAAGCUGCCAUGAAGUCUCCACUACGAGAAUCCCUGGAACCAACCUAUCAGAAGCUACAGAAAAUGAAGUUGGACAAAAGCCCUUUUGUGGUCGUAUCUGUCAUUGGCCAGGAGCUUCUGACAGCAGGACACCACGGUGCCUCUGUAGUUGUUCUGGAGGCUGCCUUGAAAAUUGGAACAUGCAGCUUGAAACUUCGUGGGUCAGUGUUCUCUGCCCUAAGCAGUGCUUACUGGGCAUUAGGGAAUACAGAGAAGAGUAUUGGUUAUAUGCAGCAGGACUUCGAUGUAGCCAAGACUUUAGGUGACCAUACGGGCGAGUGUCGAGCCCAUGGUAACUUGGGAUCGGCAUUCUUCUCCAGCGGCAACUACCGAGAGGCCCUAAACAACCACCGUCUCCAGCUAGUGCUGGCCAUGAAGCUAAAAGAUCGUGAGGCAGCCUCUUCAGCAUUGAGCAGUCUAGGUCAUGUCUACACAGCCAUCGGAGAUUACCCUAAUGCACUGGCCAGUCACAAGCAGUGUGUCCUUCUAGCUAAACAAUCCAAAGACGAACUCUCGGAAGCCAGAGAACUAGGCAAUAUGGGAGCUGUUUAUAUAGCAAUGGGAGACUUUGAAAAUGCAGUUCAGUGCCACGAACAGCACCUCAGGAUUGCUAAGGAACUGGGUAACAAGCGAGAGGAAGCACGGGCCUAUAGUAAUCUCGGCAGCGCCUAUCACUACAGGAGGAACUUUGACAAAGCAAUGUCCUAUCACAACCAUGUGCUGGAACUAGCACAGGAGCUAGACGAGAAGGCAAUUGAGAUGAGAGCAUAUGCAGGGCUGGGUCAUGCAGCACGAUGCAUGCAGGAUUUGGAGAGAGCAAAGCAGUACCAUGAGCAACAGUUGAAUAUUGCAGAGAACCUGAAGGAUCGUGCAGCAGAGGGACGGGCCUCCUCCAAUCUUGGCAUAAUUCAGCAGAUGAAAGGAGAUUAUGAAACUGCACUGAAACUCCACAAGACUCACCUCUCCAUUGCUCAGGAGCUCAGUGAUUAUGCUGCACAGGGAAGAGCCUAUGGGAAUAUGGGCAAUGCCUAUAAUGCCCUGGGUAUGUAUGACCAAGCAGUAAAAUACCACCGUCAGGAGCUACAGAUCUCCAUGGAAGUUAAUGACCGGGCAUCACAAGCAUCGACCCAUGGUAACCUUGCUGUUGCCUACCAGGCUUUGGGUGCUCAUGAUAGGGCUUUACAGCACUACCAAAACCAUCUAAACAUAGCACGAGAGCUACGGGAUAUACAAAGUGAGGCCCGAGCACUUAGCAACCUAGGUAACUUCCACUGUUCAAGAGGGGAGUUCAUUCAGGCUGUUCCAUAUUAUGAACAGUAUCUACGCUUGUCUCCUGACCUACAAGAUAUGGAAGGUGAAGGAAAAGUAUGCCAUAACCUUGGCUAUGCCCAUUACUGUCUGGGAAACUACCAGGAGGCUGUGAAAUACUAUGAACAAGAUUUAGCUCUAGCCAAGGACUUGCACGAUAAACUUAGUCAGGCAAAAGCCUACUGCAACUUGGGCCUCGCAUUUAAAGCCCUUGGUAACUAUACUAAAGCAGAAGAAUGUCAGAAAUAUGUUUUAUCAUUAGCCCAGUCCCUAAACAACGCACAAGCCAAAUUUCGAGCUUUAGGCAACCUUGGUGAUAUCUUUGUGUGCAAGAAAGAUGUGAAUGGUGCUGUUAAGUUCUACGAACAGCAGCUGACUUUGGCUCAUCAGGUUAAAGACCGGAAGCUUGAAGCCAGUGCUUAUGCAGCUCUGGGUACUGCAUACAGACUAAUACAGAAAUAUGACAAAGCAUUAGGAUACCACACACAAGAGCUUGAGGUUUAUCAAGAACUGAGUGAUUUGCUGGGAGAAUGUAAAGCACAUGGCCACCUUGCAGCAGUCUACAUGGCCCUUGGCAAAUACUCCAUGGCUUUCAAAUGUUACGAAGAACAGUUGGAUUUGGGACAGAAGCUGAAAAAUCCCAAUAUUGAGGCACAAGUUUAUGGCAACAUGGGAAUCACCAAAAUGAACAUGAAUGUAAUGGAAGAUGCUAUUGGCUACUUUGAACAGCAGCUAGCUACACUGCAGCAGUUGAGCGGUAAUGAUGCAGUUCUGGAUAGAGGGCAUGCAUACGGAAAUCUGGGAGACUGCUAUGAGGCAUUAGGAGAUUAUGAGGAAGCUGUAAAAUAUCAUGAACAGUAUUUAUCAGUGGCACAGAGUUUAAAUCGGAUGCAGGAGCAAGCCAGAGCCUAUCGAGGACUUGGGAAUGGGCAUCGGGCAAUGGGGAACUUGCAGCAAGCACUCGUGUGCUUUGAAAAGAGACUGGUAGUAGCCCAUGAACUUGGAGAGUCGUCCAACAAAGCCCAGGCAUAUGGGGAGCUUGGCAGCUUACAUAGCCAGCUAGGGAACUACGAACAGGCAAUUUCUUGCCUUGAGCGCCAACUAAACAUUGCCAGAGAGAUGAAGAAUCGGAUACUGGAGAGCGAUGCAGCCUGUGGUCUCGGUGGAGUUUACCAACAGAUGGCAGAAUAUGAAACUUCACUACAGUACCAUCAGCUUGAUUUAGAGAUUGCAGAGGAAACCAAUAACCCGACAUGUCAGGGUCGUGCCUAUGGUAACCUGGGAUUGACUUAUGAAUCUUUGGGAAAUUAUGAACGGGCUGUAAUGUAUCAGGAGCAGCAUCUGAGUAUUGCUGCCCAGAUGAAUGACUUGGUGGCUAAAACUAUUGCAUACAGCAGCUUAGGGAGAACACACCAUGCCUUACAGAACUACUCGCAGGCAGUCAUGUACUUACAGGAAGGACUGAGGCUGGCAGAGCAGCUCGGCCGCAGAGAAGAUGAGGCUAAAAUCAGACAUCGGCUGGGACUUUCGCUGUGGGUCAGUAGAAACCUCGAGGAGGCACAACACCAGCUUUACAGAGCAUCUGCCUUAUUUGAAAAUAUCCGUCAUGAAGCACAGCAUAGCACUGAUUAUAAACUUUCACUGUUUGAUCUUCAAACAUCCUCCUACCAAGCUUUACAGCGUGUUUUGGUCAGCCUGGGUCGUCAUGAUGAGGCAUUGGCAGUAGCAGAGAGGGGAAGAACAAGGGCAUUUGCUGAUCUCUUGGUAGAAAGGCAAACAGGACAGGAAGAAUCUGAUCCAUUGACUCCCGUCACCAUUGACCAGAUUCUGGAGGCCAUCAAUAAUCAACGUAGCCUGGUGCUGUACUAUUCACAAGCAGCUGGAUACCUCUACAGCUGGUUACUAGCACCAGGAGCAGGAAUAUUAAAGUUUCACGAGUGCUAUUUGGGCGAUGGUCUGGCAGAAAGCAGCAAUGAUUUUAAUGAAACAAGCAGCAUCAACCUGCAGGCAUCCAGCUUCUCUACUCUUGAGCAAUAUGUGACCAAUGUCCGAGAAGCACUUGGUGUUGACUCCUACUAUACCAGUAGGAUGUGUUCAAACAGUGAGACAGAGAGUGAGGCUGGAGACCUUGUUGAUCAACAGUUUGAAGAAAUGAACAAUAAACUGACUUCCAUCACUGAUCCCACAGGAUUCCUCAGGAUGGUCAGCAGGAACAACCUCUUCAAUAGAAGCUGCCAAAGUAUGAGCAGCCUGUUCAGCAGCAACACAUCAAGCCUUCAAGAUUCCACUUCCUCUUUGUCCCGCAAACAGAGCUCAGUCAAUAAGCAACCUCUCCGUGCCCUCUAUGACCUCCUCAUCUCGCCAAUGGAAGGGGGAUUGAUGCAUUCCAGUGGACCCGUUGGUCGACACCGUCAGCUUGUGUUGGUCCUGGAAGGAGAACUGUAUCUCAUUCCGUUUGCUCUGUUGAAAGGAAGCUCCUCUAACGAGUAUCUGUAUGAACGUUUCAGUAUCAUUGCUGUUCCCUCAAUCCGGGCCCUUCAAGCAAGUCCCAAGUCCCAUCUUCGAAAGAGUACAUCUGCGUGCAGCUCCUCUACCUCAAUGGCAGCUGUGAUAGGUAACCCCAAACUCCCAUCAGCAGUAAUGGACCGGUGGCUCUGGGGACCCAUGCCUUCUGCUGAGGAGGAGGCCUACAUGGUUUCAGAGCUUCUAGGUUGCCAGCCCCUAGUAAGCACUGCUGCCACCAAGGAAAGAGUGAUGAGCAUGCUCAGUCAGGCAGAGUGUGUCCAUUUUGCAACCCACAUCUCCUGGAAACUUGCUGCUUUGGUCCUCACGCCAAAUAAUGAAGGAAGCACCAUUAGUGGAAAGAGUAGUAUUGGAAACAGCUACACGAUUCCAGAGUCUCUGAGAAUGCAAGAUGAUGCUAGCGACGUGGAGAGCAUAACUGACAGCCCUCCCCUGCAAGAAUUCUUAUUGACAGCAGCUGACAUCCUGGAAUUACAUCUCCCUGUCAAGCUAGUAGUUCUUGGCUCCUACCAAGAAUCUAAUAACAAAGUAACAGCGGAUGGUAUUAUUGGCCUGACGCGGGCUUUCCUAGCUGCUGGAGCACACUGUGUUUUGGUUUCCCUUUGGCCGGUGCCUGUGGCUGCAUCCAAGAUGUUUGUGCACACUUUCUACUCCUCUCUGCUCAAUGGAAUGAAAUCCAGUGCGGCGCUGGGAGAAGCUAUGAAGAUUGUCCAGAGCAGCAAGCAGUUUGCACAUCCUUCAAACUGGGCAGGAUUCACGCUCAUUGGAAAUGAUGUUAAACUGAACAGUCCCUCAUCUCUUAUUGGUCAGGCUCUGUCUGAAAUCCUCCAGCAUCCUGACCGUGCCCGAGAUGCUCUCCGUGUUCUGCUGCACUUGGUGGAGAAGUCACUCCAGCGAAUACAAAAUGGCCAACGGAAUUCCAUGUACACCUCCCAGCACAGUGUAGAGAACAAAGUGGGUGGUGUGCCAGGUUGGCAGUCGCUUCUUACCGCAGUAGGAUUCAGGCUUGAUCCUCCAGCCAGUGGACUUCCGGCAGCUGUCUUCUUUCCAGUGUCAGAUCCUGGAGAUCGGCUUCAGCAGUGCAGCACUACACUCCAGUCGCUCCUAGGGUUGCCCCAUGCUGCAUUGCAAGCUCUCUGUAAACUUAUCACAGCUUCAGAGACGGGAGAACAGCUUAUUAAUCGGCUCCAUCAAGUCCUUGUUCAGCUUCAGACCGGAGAGAAAGAACAAGAUUUUUCUUCAGCUCCUAUUCAGGUGUCCAUAAGUGUGCAGCUCUGGCGACUGCCUGGGUGUCACGAGUUCCUGGCAGCAUUAGGUUUUGAUCUGUGUGAGGUGGGGCAAGAGGAAGUGGUGUUGAAGACGGGGAAACAGGCGAACAGAAAAACCAUGCACUUUGCUCUCCAGUCUCUUCUUGCUUUAUUUGAUUCUACGGAACUGCCUAAGCGGCUCAGUCUCGACAGCUCUUCAUCUCUGGAGUCUCUAUCCUCCUCUCAGUCUGUUUCUAAUCCAACGGGACAGCUAAACCCACCAUUUUCUCCCACUUACGGAGAUUCAGUGGCUUCAGAUGCCAUUUCCGUCUACAGCCUCAGUUCCAUUGCCUCCUCCAUGAGCUUUGCUUCCAAGACAGACAUCACUGGUGAAGGAAUGCUCCAAAGGGGGCGACAGGACUAUGAGAGGCCCAAGAACAUCUACCCGCACAAGGCUGCUAUGUUACGAAGUAGGUCUUCUCCACAGACAAAUAACACAAGCAGAGAUGAAGAAGAGUAUGAUGGAUUCUCCAUUAUUAGCAGUGAGCCAUUAAGUGUCUACUCUGACACCCUCAGUGUGCCUGCCUCACCAGACAAAGAGAGGACUACAGCACAGGUAGAACACUGCCAUAAUCUUGGAGACAGGCACACCUUCAAAGGUAAUGCUAGUGCUUCCAGUUCUCCGGCCAAAAUAACCCUCAUUCCAAGUCCAAACUCACCAUUUCAGAAGGUGGAAUCCAGAAGCAAACUUCCGAGUUCAGACACUGGAGAAUCAGAUCAGUCCAGUACGGAAACGGAUAGCACGGUUAAAUCCCAAGAGGAGAAAGUGACUAAACUUAAUCCUCAGGAGCUGGCACAAAAGAUUUUGGAGGAGACUCAAAGUCACUUGCUCGCUGUUGAAAAACUGUAUCAAAGUAGUGCACCAGUAAGCAGAACGGGUUCUGCUGAUGCUGACCACGGCAUAACAGGACAUCAUGGCUCCUCAGUUUUUAAAUCUUCAGAUACAAGCGCGUUCAGUAGACCACUGAAUGGCACUGGGCAGAAAAAGCAGUCUUCUCCAAUAACUACAAAACCAAAGCCUCCAACACGGAGCUCAUCGCUACAGAAGGUGAACUCAGGAAACAACACUCCUACCAGUGAUAUUACUGAGGUAGGUCAAUCAGCAGGAGACUGCUACUCUAAAGGGGGCGAUAGCAGACAAACCACAGCACCACCUUCACCUGUUGCGGAUUUACGUCAGUCUCCUGGUUCCUCAUCUGAUCAAUCACCAAUUAAGAUCAAAUAUCCCAGCUCCCCUUACAGCGCUCACAUUUCCAGGUCUCCAAGCUCAGGCCACCAGUCUCCAGCUGGGAGUAACCCUUCUCCAGCCCUCUCAUACUCAUCGGCAGGCUCAGCACGCUCUAGCCCGGCUGACAUCCCGGACCUGAGCAGAUUGAAAAUGACUGCCAUUGACGAGAAGGUCAAGGCUGUCCACAACCUCAAAACCUUUUGGACUAGUGCUACACAGCCUUCAUCCAGGCCUGUCCGAGCCCUGCGAUCCAACCCUGCUCUCAUGGGUUCCAAAGCUGAUGCUCUAAGUUAUUUGAAUCUUUCACCAGCCAGACGCAGCAAAAAAGAAGGAAAGGAGGAUAAACUUGAGCUUAAGGAAUUUUCCAAGCUUCCGUGCACAGACAAGAAAGCCCAGAACGGGUGUGGUAGUUGCCAGGAGACCAGUAAACCAGCAGAAACAAUCCAGCCACCAAGUAGCAUUCAGAGAGAGGCGCGUCCAUUGCGAUUCCCAUCUGGGAAUGGUUAUAAGUUCCUGUCUCCUAGAAAAUUCUUUCCCACCUCAAAGUGCUGAAAUGACCCCAACCAGUCAGAAGAUUUUUCAUUUGCCCACAUGAGCUUGUGGGACUAGCAUGUAUAAGCCAAUUGUGUUGGACAUGCACCGUUUGUAAACAGAACCUGUGUGUUGCGUGAACAGUACUAAAAAAUUUUUAUACUGUUAAAGGAAAAAAAAAGCAAAAAAAAACUACUGUGUAAAAAUGUCAUAUUUUUAUUGAAUCAAAAAGUGGCAUUUUGCCUCGUUUCUUAGUCAUUUAAUGGUUGAUAACAAUUUAUAAAUGUCAAAAAUCACGUUGGAAUGUCAAUCUACAGUCAAAAGUAUUUGUUGGAAAAACAAAAUAAACUAGGCUUGUCAGUUUUAGGUUGCACCCAAUUUUUAUUGGACGUGAUUUUUAAAAAAAAAUUGUUCCAUGUUCAGCAAUUUGUUUGAUGUCCUGUGUGCUGUCUUCUUGCAGUAACAAUGGUAAGCAACUGUGAUUCCCAUUCAGAUCAGAGAGCUUCCUCCACAGGCAUCUAAACACGAUCAGCAACCACUCUGUGGCUCAGACAACAGGAGGCAUUGGUGAGACUUUUCAAAAAACUGAACAGCUGAAAUCCAAAUAAGGGAAUGUCUCACCAUGAACUUCAUACUGUUACUUGUAAACAUUUCUCCUCCAAUUGGUUAUAACAGCACUCUACCAGCUUCUGCUCUGCACCUCAACUUCAGCUACUCCUCAAUGAUUCCAUCCACCUCUGCAGAUUUCUGGUAGUUCAACAUCUGUGCAUUGAACAGGCCUUUAAUGCACUUCACUGGCUUGGGAGGGGGUUCCUAGAGGUUGUUUGCUGCCUCAAGUGAAUUUGUGUGACUUGUGCUGCAUGAGUACGACUGCCAGUUGAGACUGAGAUUCAAGUCAAGGCUGUUGGUCAGGAGCCCAGUAGCUUGGAGAUGGAACUUUUGAUGUAGAUGUGUGCUGAGCUAUGAACGUGUGAAUGAGGGUCAUGAGCCAUCCUGCUUUGGACCAAACAGUCCAUUUUUAAAACUAGAAAUGCACUUCUGUGUCU